UAAAAACAACCACUCUGCCCCCACUCUCUCUCCUACAUCAUCAUUAUCAGUUAUCACCAACGUGAAAAGCAUGGCUCUUUCUUUCUCUCUCAUUACUUUCUCUCUCCUCAUCUUAACCACCGCCAUCGCUGGAGAACUCCCCGUAACCGGAGAACUUCCCGAAGACUCACUCAUUCGCCAGGUAGUCGGUGGCGGUAACGACGCCAGCUCACUCGACUUGUCCCAACCCCACCACCAUUUCUCUCUCUUCAAGGAACGUUUCGGCAAAUCAUACUCCUCCCAGGAGGAGCACGAUUACCGUUUCGAGAUCUUCAAGGCUAACCUGCGCCAAGCUCAGCGUCACCAGGCUCUUGACCCCACUGCGGUCCAUGGGGUGACUAGGUUCUCCGAUUUGACUCAGUCUGAGUUUAUGAACGAGUUCUUGGGUGUACGAACUCGGUUGAAGUACCCUUCACAUGCUAACAAGGCUCCCAUUUUACCGACUGAUGAACUUCCCCUUGAUUUUGAUUGGAGGGAACUUGGCGCUGUUACUCCUCCCAAAGAUCAGGGCGGAUGUGGUUCCUGCUGGUCCUUUAGUACCACUGGUGCCAUGGAAGGUGCACACUUUAUCGCGACAGGGAAACUUGAGAGCCUUAGUGAGCAGCAGCUUUUGGAUUGUGAUCGUGAGUGUGAUCCAGAGGGGGAAUCAGAUGACUGUGACCAAGGUUGCCAAGGUGGGCUGAUGAACAAUGCCUUUGAAUAUCUUCUGAAAGCUGGUGGAUUGAUGCUAGAGAAGGAUUAUCCAUACACAGCUAGAAAUGGUCGCUGCAGAUUUGACAAGAGCAAGAUCGCAGCUAAGGUAGCAAACUUCAGUGUUAUCCCCGUUGAUGAAGGCCAAAUUGCUGCAAAUCUUGUGAAAAAUGGGCCCCUUGCUGUGGGCAUCAAUGCUCGUUAUAUGUCGAGUUACAUAAGUGGAGUAUCAUGCCCGUUGACAUGCUCAGCUGAUUUAGAGCAUGGAGUUUUAAUAGUUGGCUAUGGUUCUGCUGGUUAUUCUAGUAUGAGGAAGGAAGAGAAGCCAUAUUGGAUAAUUAAGAACUCGUGGGGUGAAUACUGGGGAGAGAAUGGGUAUUACAGAUUAUGUAGAGGUUACGAUCUUUGUGGUGUCAACACUAUGGUUUCUACUGUUGCUGCAGCUCCUGUUACCCCUCACUAAAGCUGUAAAGUCAGUAGGGGAUGAUGAAUCAUAUCAUCAUACAUUACUGUACAUUUAAUGUAAAAGGAGUAAGCCUAAAGCAAGAAACUCCAUAUUCAAGGCUUCCUUUCUCACUCCAUUGUUAUUUGUUAAGCUGUUGGAGUUUUUGUAAGGGCAUCAACAUGUCGUCUCUAUUAUUACGGAGUAUAAUGUAUCAGUAUAUCUCCAGUUCUUAAUUUGAGAAUUGAGAUUGUCCGACUUUAUUAUAAUGUAUCAGUACAGUACCAGCAAUCGUUAGAGGUUCCUUAUAUACUUA